UUGAGAAUGUCAACGGUCAAAAAUUUUGUGUUAUUUGUAAAAAAAAAGAGAGGCAAAUUAAAAACUUUUAAUAACGAAUAACUUAAUAAAUGUAAAAAUGUAAAUGGUUUGAUGGCGAUCAGUUACCUCAAAAUGUAAAAAUGAUUACUCAGGAACUUGAAAACAAUACAUCAGAGUUAUUUGAAAUUUCACCUUUAAAUCCAAAUGAUGAAACGGUUCUCGGAACCCAAGUUGUAGAAGUUAUUGAUCCAGAUGGACCCGAGGUUCAAUUUGUACUUUUUCCAAGAAAUAGCACGCCAUAUCUGUUAAGAUAUGAAAACCAGGAGGCGCUUAAUAAUUCUGAAUUUGAUCCAAGUAACCCCACAAAAAUUAUAACUCACGGUUUUAUGAGCAGCAUUAAAAAUGAUGUUGUCACUUUAAUUAAAGAUGCCUAUUUAGAAACAAGUAGCUAUAACAUAAUAGGAAUGGACUGGUCAGCACUGUGCCAUACGGAAUAUGUAUCAGCUAUGCGGGGAGCUAAGAUAGCUGGCCAGCAACUGGGAGAUUUUCUAAAUUACUUAGCAUCAAGCGGAAUUGACUUAAGAGACGUGCAUAUUAUUGGUCAUAGUUUGGGUGCACAUGUAGCCGGAAUGGGUGGCAGUAGUGUUGUUGGUCAACGUGUUGGAAGAAUUACUGGCCUAGAUCCAGCAGGUCCAGGUUAUGGAGACAUCAAAGAAGAACUCAGGUUAGAUUCUCAAGAUGCCUUAUUAGUAGAUGUAAUACAUACUUUUAUGAAAGUGAUUGGCACUUCCAGGCCUAUUGGUCAUAUAGAUUUUUAUCCAAAUGGUGGGAGAUAUCAGCCUGGAUGUCCAGACUUAGCAAGUUGCAAUAAAACUAACUGAUGGAAUUUUCUGCAACCAUGGACGAUCCUUCGAGCUCUUUGCAGAAUCUAUUCGAUCUCCAAGAGCUUUUAAGAGUAUGCGAUGUAAAAGCUUAAGGGAUGCCCUUGAUAGUAGGUGUCUGGAAGAAACUGAUGUUUACUUCGGAGAUCCUGAGACUUAUAAAUAUGGCAUCUACUACUUCAAAACAAGACAUCAGUCACCUUUUUCCAUGAAUUUUCGUAACAGUACAGGAAGUAAAUAAGUACACACUUUUACAAUUGACAUCUUUUUAUUGGAAAUUACCCCUUAUAUAAUAAUGAAAUUUAAUAUAUAUGAUUAAAGUUAGAUUAAUGGUAUUGUAUAUACUCUUAUUUUUAUAUUUAGAAAUAGAAAUAAUCUUAUAUUUAGAAAAAAAUAAGUUAAAAUAUUCUAAUAUAUAAAACUUUAAAGGGAACAAAAAGGUAUUUCUUUAGUAUAGAAUAUAUUGUGUGUGUUUUUUUUGAUCAUUUAAAUACCAUAAAUUGGUAAGACAAACAAGAUAAAAAGAUUGAUUUUCAAAAGUAAUGGGAAUGUCAAAAUACCUAUUGGUUCUUUAAAAAUAACGAUGAAAUAUAAUUUUAAAAUUUGGUGACGUUCUAGGGACUAACGAUAGAGAAUCAAUCAGCGUAAUCUUAGAUUGGUAGCUUUUAUAAUUAUUCCUCUUUUAUAUUAUUUAAAAAUUAAUUUCAAAUGAAAUACGAGAGUAAAAGUGACUCGGAUUUUUUUUUACUUAAAGGUAAUUAAAACUGUAAAUUAUUAUAGGAUUC